UUUUGUUCAUGUAGCCUCCUCAUGCCACAUCUUCAUAAAGUUUUUAUGUGUAAUAUUUAGUUGUAGUUUAGUUUUUUUCUACCAUGCAUUUCAUUGUAAAUAUAUUUCUUCUGUUAGUUUGUGCUAGUUUUUCCACAGCAUAUUUCGUGACAGUUGAUGCUCAUUCUGAAGAAUGUUUCUUUGAAAAAGUAGAACAAGGUACUAAGCUUGGUUUAAUGUUUGAGAUAUCUGAAGGAGGUUUCUUGGACAUAGAUGUCAAAAUUAUUGGUCCAGAUGAUAGCAUAAUUCAUCAAGGUGCUAGAGAAACUAGUGGAAAAUAUACUUUUUCAGCUCAUGCAUCUGGUGUGUACACAUACUGUUUCAGCAAUCAAAUGUCUACUAUGACACCAAAAGUUGUCAUGUUCAACAUGGAGGUUGGUGAAGCUCCGUCAAGCGAUAAUAAAAAUGAUGCUGAUCACAACAAGAUGGAGCAAAUGAUAAAAGACUUAUCUGCUGCAUUAACUGGUGUUAAACAUGAACAAGAAUAUAUGAGUGUACGUGAUCGUAUUCAUCAUGGUAUAAAUGAGGCAACUAACAGUAGAGUUGUAACCUGGUCUAUUUUUGAAGCAGUUGUUCUUAUUACAAUGACUGUUGGGCAAGUUUAUUAUCUAAAGCGAUUUUUUGAAGUUAGAAGAGUGGUGUAGUUAAGUGGUUAUGUACAGUAUUUAUUUCACCGCUAAUUUUAAGUGUACAGUUAAUAUAAAUCGUAAUGAAAGCGACUCGGCAAAAGCCAUGCAAGGACUGGUAAAUCUUAUCGGGAAUUACAUGUAUUGACUAUAACUUUUGUACAUUUUUCAUUACAAAUUAAAUCUCAAAUAAAAUUUUAAGUGUCAAUAUUAUUGUAGUAAAAUCUCAUUUGAUAUUUUGGUUUCAUGUUUUAUAAUAAAUGGUGAACUACAUCAG